UUUCUGUAUCAAUCAAACACGCGACGCGUUUAACCGAAGAUUACACGGCGAACUUUUGGAACACCUCGAGGUUCAAAUAAAGUUCCAAAAACAAUGAACUUGAGGGAAAGCGGUGUGGAUAUAUGCCGCGCCUGUAUGCGGGCCGAUGGCAUGCUAUUGCCCAUGUACGAUGGACAACUUGGAAGUAAAAACCUACCUGGUAAACUGGCAGAGUUGGCUGAAAUACAGAUUGAUAAAUCCGAUGGACUACCCGGAAAGCUCUGCGCAAAAUGUGCCUACAGAACUGAUGCUUUUUACGAUUUUAAAAAUCAAGUUCAGGCCACUGAAAAAAAAUUGCGGAAACUUUUCAGAAUAGACGAAUGUUCCAUUAGGAAGGCGCAGAUCUCUCCUAGUUAUGAUACCCAGUUCGAUACCCAGCUUCUGCCGGGUGUAAAAAUUGAGGAUUGGAACAAUACUCAGGAUUAUGAAGAUGAGAAUGUUGAGGAUGAGAGCUACGACCAAGAUAUGGUCUUUAAACCGGACCCGCAGCAAGUCGAACUCAUUUCUGAGGAUAUUCAAGAAUAUCGAGCACCGAGUCCUGAGACUGGCCACGAAGACCCUGACACUGAGGGCUUCCUUGAAUCAGAAAUAUCUGACCAUGCUACUGUUGAUUUACCAGAAGCCUCUGAAACACCUUCAAACUCAAUGACUGAAAAUAGGGUUCAUAUGAGCUUUGAAGAUGACGCGCAUCGGGAAGAUUCUUGCGAUGAUUCUUCUCCAGAGUCGAGAUCUCUCAAUGACGGAUGUUCGGUGAUUUACCAAUCUAAUUCAAAGACUCUCGCCUUUAAUCCCGGAAAAAUUGUCGACGGGGAAGAUUCGGAUAUUAAUGCCUGUACUAAACCGAAUAUCGACCUCCCAAAUCUUUUUCAAAGCGACGCCGAAGACUCAGACGAUUUUGUAGAUCCGAAGGAUAAUAUUUUAGGCAGUUUGAACGACACGGUAAUAAAAAUCAAGGAGAUAACAAACAAUAAUGUGACACACUACCAAUGCACUCUAUGUAUGCAAAAUUAUGAGGAACUCACCGGUGCGCUGAAUCACAUCGUAGACAACCACAUUCCAGCGACCGGCCCCUUUUUUUGCACAGUCUGCGAAAAGGACUGCGACAGUCGUCGAGAGCUUCGUUCUCACGUCAAAGUACACACUGGUCCAUCGCCGUAUGUUUGCUUCAUUUGUGGGAAGGCUUAUUCCGUCAGAAGGUACCUAAAAAGACACAUGGUUAGCCAUCCAGAGUUCUUUCGUCAUCGCUGUCCAAAGUGUGGGCAGCGGUUUGAGACAAAACGUGAAUUAGGAACCCACGUAUCGAGUCACAUCAACGGCUCACCUUAUGCCUGUAAUCAAUGUAGCAGAGUAUUCAAUCACAAAGGGAACUACAAGAGACACCUCAUCACUCAUCUUGAUCCGAACGGUCUUCAUCUGCCCAAAUACCCUUGUACGAUCUGUGGAAAAAGAUUCCUCAAUAAUCGAACCCUAGCAACACAUUUAAGGGUCCAUACGGGAGAAAAACCGUUUCCAUGUACCGUUUGCAACAAGUCGUUCUCUCAGCAAGGUAACCUACUGAAUCACAUGAGAAUACAUUCGAACCCGAGAAGUUACACUUGCGAAGUAUGUGGAAAGCAGUUUAACCAGAAGUCGACGCUGAAGGAUCACAGCCUCCUUCAUACCGGAGAAAAACCGUACGUCUGUACGGUGUGUGGAAUUGCGUUCACGUUCAGCGCAGCCCUCAGAAGGCACAUGUGGACUCACGCUAAGGGAAAACCCUACGGUUGUGAGGUUUGUGGUGCUCGUUUCGUAGGCAGAUACGACCUCAAAAGGCACGUAAAUAUUCACAGCGAUAGGCCGAGGGCCAGGAGAAAAAGAAAUCAGAAUCAGGAAGAAAAUUUUAACUUACAAUUAGAUGAACCGAAAGAGAAUUCCACCGCCACAGAUCCAAGUGCCGAUACUACUGAGACUAUACUGUUCGAACAAGUUCUACUGGAUCAAGAUGGUACGCAAAUGGUUGUUCCUGUGGUGAAAUCUGAUAAAGAAAAUGUUCAUACCUUGUUCACUUUGAUUCAAUACACGGAAUAGUUGUCUGUUGAUUUUAUAACAAAAUCUUGUACCUGGUGGCUUCUACCAAAUGUGUGAUAUUCCAUUAAGAGCAUGAAUAGUUGUAAGUAACAGAAAUAAUUAUGAAUCGCUUACACUGCUAAGGAUCAUGGCGUCACUGAUCGAUGGAGAAGUGAUGUUCAAAAUUCCGGAUGCGCCGAUCAAUUUACUUUCGAAGCUUUUCGUUAAUGUUAUUUACUGUAAUAAACCGAUAUUUCAAUAUAAUAUAUUUGAUAUAACAAUC